GGAGCUAAUCUGAGCGAGAUAAAAGAGAGGGGAUAUAUUUACCUAGUGCAAUCUGUUUGGGAGGGUUUGUGCGCGUGAGCGUUAGAUGCGAUGCGUUCUUUUCUUUCUGUUUUAUGUUUCGGGUACCUCAUGACCUUUUGUUGGGACAAGUUGGAGGGCACAUGAUCUUUACUACCUACUUAGUGAUGAUGGGCGACGGCGUUCUUGGUUAUACCCUCCGGCGACACUACUCUUAUAGUCCCUAUUUCUCGGAGCAGCGUUCUUUGGUCUUUGUUUUCUGCUUUUGUUUUCUUGGUUUGCUGUCGCUUUUUUGGGUUCGAUCUUUCCUCUCAGUACGCUGCUUGCUUUGCUUGCUUAAUUAACCUGUUAUAGUCGCUGGCGACACACACACACAAAAUGUCUAAGUAGUUGGCUCGAUUGGACCGCUGACUCGGCUGGUGGAGGAAUCGAAUAAUUGUGUCUUGUCUCCGCUG